AUGUCCAGUGAACGCUUCGACUGUCACUACUGCAAAGACUCCCUGCUGGGGAAGAAGUACAUCAUGAAGGAGGACACGCAGUACUGUACCAAGUGCUACGAGAACCUGUUCGCGAACUGCUGCGAGGGCUGCUCCUCUCCCAUUGGCUGCAACAGUAAGGACCUGUCGUACAAGGACCGUCACUGGCACGAGCAGUGCUUCAAGUGCGCCAAGUGCAGCCGCUCCCUCGUGGAGAAGGCCUUCGCUGCCAAGGACGACCUGCUCCUGUGCACCGAGUGUUACGCCCACGACUACUCCUCCAAGUGCGCCACCUGCAAGAAGACCAUCAUGCCAGGCUCUCGUAAAAUGGAGUACAAGGGGCACAGCUGGCACGAGACCUGCUUCCUGUGCCACCGCUGCCAACAGCCCAUCGGCACCAAGUCCUUCAUCCCCAAAGACACCGGAUAUUUCUGCGUGGCCUGUUUCGAAAAGCAGUUUGCCUACCAAUGCUGCGCCUGCAAGAAGUCCAUCACCACAGGGGGCGUGACGUACCAGGAGAAGCCGUGGCACCGUGAGUGUUUCCUGUGUAUCAGCUGCAGGAAACAGCUGUCAGGUCAACGCUUCACCUCCCGAGAGAACUACCCCUACUGCCUGGAGUGCUUCAGUAAUCUGUAUGCCAAGAAGUGUGUGGGCUGCACCAAACCAAUCACCAGCCUCGCGGGGGCGAAGUACAUCUCGUUCGAGGAGCGUCAGUGGCACAGUGAGUGCUUCACCUGUAUGCAGUGCUCCGUGUCGCUGGUGGGGCGGGGCUUCCUCACCCAGAGAGACAACAUCCUGUGCACCGACUGCGGGCGCGAGAAGUAA